CAAGCGUAUCAUGUUGGGUAAAUGAUGAUGUUGCCAACCACCACAUUCGGAUUAUUUUGAAAAUGGAGAAGACUGUGUGAAAACUAGGCUUACUUACAGGAUUUCAGUGUGAGAACAAGAAAUGAAGUUUUUAUUGUGAAAGGUCCAUUGAAAUCAAACCUCAAAAUAUGUCAUAUCGUGGAGUGUGGUCCUCCAUCGUACGUCGGAGGAAAUAUGACGUUCCCUCCGAAGACAAUAACACCAAAAGACACACCAUUCAAGUGUCGUCCUCUCCUAAUCUACGACUAAGCCGGCUGUCGUCAGAUUCUUCGUACGAGAAGACUAACUCUCAUAGUCGAGUCAGCUCUCCAAACUCUCCCCUUUGUGGACCACAGUCAGCUCAGACGCCAAGCCCCACCUCUCGGCGUUUUUCUAGUUUCUUCUCCAAACAUACACCAAAGAUUCCACUGAAAAGGACCAAAAGUACCACCAAACUAGAGCGAAAGCGAGGUACAACAGAUGGGAGCAGACUCCGUAGUUCCAAAUCCCACGAGUCUUUACUUCUUAGUUGUUCGGAAGUAUUUUCUGACAUUGAUCUCACUCAGUAUGGUGUUAAUGUAAAGCCACUUUCUGGACAUUAUUGUGGACAAGAGCAUUGCUUUGAGCUGUAUUCAACAAAAGGAGUGAUUCGCCAUUAUUCUUGUAGUUCAGAAGAAGAGAGAGACAGUUGGGUUCAGAGGUUAAGAGAUUCCAUACACAACGAGACUUCUAACAAGCAAAGAAUGGAAAAUUCACUCAUCAUAUGGAUCUUGGAAGCUAAAGGUCUCCCAGUUAAAAAAAGAUAUUAUUGUGAACUGUGUUUGGACAAAGAGCUCUAUAGCAGAACCUCAUCCAAGCAGAUGGCUGAUAUGUGUUUUUGGGGCGAGCACUUUGAAUUCAAAUUUUUGGAGAAACAGAUUAGUAAGGUUUUUUCUGUUGGAGUUCUAGAUGCCUGGAGAAACAGGUUAACACCAGGUGAAGUCAGCAAGCUCAACUUUAAUGAACAGAUUGACCUUGGAAAAGAGUUAUCUAUUCUACAUUCACAGUUGAUAGACUGCAUUCCUAAAAUGAAUAAAAUAAAUUAUGAAGAAGAUUUUGAAGAACUUAAAUGGAUUCUAAAUGACAUCUCAUCCUCUAUGUUGCAACCAUCAAUAACACGGCAGAUGAGUUUCCAAAGUUUGAACAGUAUAACAUCUAACACUCACAACCCACUUGGUCCCACCAAAUCUCUACCUGAAAGAUCUCGUCAGUUGCAGCAUCAGUCAUUAAAAAACUCUCCUGUACACUUGUCAAGUUCUAGUGGAAACAAAACACCUAAGUUGAGUGGAGGGUUACAGCAUCUUCAGGAGACUACAUCAUCUUCUGGUCUGUUAAUAAAACAACCCAUUACAAGAACCGGGAAUUAUACAUGCAGAGGUAAUACAAUACUGCCUGAAGAUGGGAAUGUAUCAGAUGAUUAUAUAAAAAUUGAGCCACUGCUAAAUGACAGAAAUUAUAUUGGCGAAGAGGAUCAUGAAAACCUUCCCAUGCAUGCCAGUUACUUGAAUGAUAAGCAUUCCAAUUCUUUUUUACUCCAGAAUGGAGAUGUGUCGAAGUAUAGUUUAACAAAUUCUUUGUAUACAACGCCAAUUAGUGAGCACAAGGUGAAAGAAGAAACAUAUAGAAACUUGGACCCUGUAGUGUCUUGUAGAAGAAACCCACAGUUGUGUGGUCUUUUAGAAACACUGGAUAGACCAAAACAAGUAGUUUUGGCCAAAAACAUUUUUAACGGUGAUUUUGAUAAGGCAACAUAUGAGAGUUAUUAUCGCACGAAACCUGAUGGCCAGUCCUCUGUUUAUAAGAUUUCAUCAUUGAGUUUAUCAAAUUACCAGUCUGUAGGAAAUAGUCAGUCAACUUAUUCCCUUGAUCUUUCUCAGACACGAAUAACCGUUUCCUCUGAUGGCCAGUGUAAUUUACCUCUUCCUUUGGCUUUCAAAAAUCCAUUGUAUUCUCUGGAUGACUCCUGUACGAGCAGUAGUGAAAGUGACUUCCUGGAAGGACCUGAAAGGGAGUCAUCUCACAUUAGCUUUCUUGGUGUCAAAGACGAUGCUCUAAGUAAUUCUAGUGGUUCUGGUUAUCAUCAAAAUGAAACUGACUGCUUCAGCUUAUUGCCAUCCAAAACCCCUUUAUCUCAUAAUGAAACAAUGGAGUUUCAAACUCAUUCACCACUGACUAGUCUCACACAUUCCACUAUACCAGGAUCUCCCCCAAAAUUUCCCAUUUCUCAGUAUAAGCUACCUCAUUCUAAUGGUAUAUCAAGUCACGUGGCUCAGUGCAGGACAGAAAGAAGAGGAUCUUCUGACCCAUUACUACAUGGCCACAGAAAGAAAGGUGUGCAAGGGACUAAAUUAUUCAUAUCAUCAUUCAAAUUCUUUUGAUACCAAGAGACAGAAGCAAUUCGGAAAGGUGUCACCGUAACUCCCUGUUUUAUGUUGUCCAAGUUUUCCCAAAUGUGUCAGCUGACAGUUGUAGUGAUUUUAUCUGUGAUCCACAUUCCUACAGUUAUUGUAUCAACUAUGUUCAAGUCAGUUAUUGUAUCAACCACGUUCAAGUCUUUGUAAGUUUCACCACAAACCAGACUUGUGUUAUUCAUGUAUAUUGUGCAGGUUUGUGUUAGUCAUAUGUAAGUUAUCAUAUUGAAGUCUUUGUGUUUGUCAUUCUAUGUAGAAGACAUUAAUUUGCACGAACUUUAAAAAUUCUAACCUGCAUGUUUUAACCUUACUGACUCUCCAGGAUAAUCCCUGCUGCUACAGAGCUCCUUGUUUCAAUUUAUGGGAUCUGUUCUGCUGCUACAGAAAUCCGUGAUUUAGUUGUGAGGAAUGUUCUGCUGCUACAAAACUCUGUGAUUUAGUUGUGGUGAAUGUUCUGCUGCUACAGAAAUCCGUGAUUUAGUUGUGGGGAAUGUUCUGCUGCUACAGAACUCUGUGAUUUAGUUGUGGGGAAUGUUCUGCUGCUACAGAACCUCGUGAUUUAGUUGUGGGGAAUGUUCUGCUGCUACAAAAAUCCAUGAUUUCGUUGUGGUGAAUGUUCUGCUGCUACAGAAAUCCGUGAUUUCGUUGUGGUGAAUGUUCUGCUGCUACAGAAAUCCGUGAUUUCGUUGUGGUGAAUGUUCUGCUGCUACAGAAGCGGACAAGACAAUGACAAUUUACAGAAUCCAGAUUAGCUCUAUAUUUUUGAACUCAACUUUUCAUGAGGUUCUGUAAGCCUUAGUAUGGAAUCUUCAUGAACAUUCUUCUGUGGUUAGUAAUCACACACCACAGAUGGAGCUUAAAACCACCCUUAUUUUCUUUAUAAUGAUAAUUACAAUCCAAGUAUUCAAGCCUCAUUAUCAGACCCUUCUUUCUAACUUUUUGUGUAGUGUAUUGCUACUUUUUCAAACAUCAUGGUAUCUUCAGUGUAACAAAAGCUUGGAGUGUGCCUUCAUUGCUAAUUGUUACGUUUCACCAAAUUACAAGUUGUGUAUAAGCAAUUGUAAUGUUAAUAUAUUUCUUAAUGGUUACUAAUUGUCAAGUUUCACCCAUAUUAACCAGUUGUCUGCAUGCAUCGUCAUAGUUCAUAUUAAACUUCUUGUAUAUUGAUUAUUUUAUUUUAGAAUGUGUAUAAGUUUUGUCUUAUAAUCAACCCUUGUAUGUACUGCAUAACUUCUCUUCAUUCACCAUCAAUUUAACUUAGUCACCAUGUGAUCUUAGGAUUUCAGUUUUCCAAGUUUUAUUCACUCAGUAUUCAUAAACUUAUGUGAUUUCAAUUUUCCCAAUUAAAACUUUUUUUAUCAAAAUGGACUGAUCAACCACUAUUACUUGCAUGCAAUUAGAAUGUUUCAAUACUCCAUCUCCACUGUACACUCUAAUGUCAACCCCAGUAAGUCUGUCUGUCUUUGUCACAGAAAUUUUAAGGAGUCACUUUCCAACUUUAAACUCUGACUGGACAAGUGGAAUAUGGUGAUUAUGUCUUUAACAAGAUAAAUAUUAGUGAGUUAAUAGUUUGGGUUGUCAAAGAUUGUAACAAGCAAAAUUCUUGAACUGUUGACAUAAACCUUUAGAUUUUGUUUAUUUCUUUUUUGUACUAUGUGCCAUGAAUACUUGUAAUUAAGACUACUAGUGAGUGAUACCACACUGUCCAAUGUUUGAUAAUAAGAUAGCGUAUCUCUUUGUAAUGAUAAUCCUAUUUACAGAAGGUGCUUUUACUUAUCAAAAAAUCUUACUGCUGGAACUUCCUAUCACUUUUACUUAUUAUUUUUGUUUACUUUUAAGCUAUUAAUCAUGACAUUGUGUCUGUAGCUUUAUCAAGAGCCAUGACUGUAAAUAAACAGAAAGUCACUUGAUGUUUUCACCCUUGAACUGAUGUUAACCUUUUAGCAAACUGCAUGCAAGACGACUAGAACAAUUCCCUCCCUUCAGAUAUUUAGGCUAAACUUCCUAAUGAAUACCUGUUAAUGAGCAAUUGUAGUUCCAGAAGUUGCUUUGGUUAAGUUUGUGAAAGUUUAAUCUUUGUUACCCAGUUUCUCCUAUAAAGCCUGAAGUGUACCUAUUUUGUAAUGUUUAAUACAAUAUAUUGGAUAUCCUAAAAAAACAGCAUGAUUAUGAAAUUAAAAAAAGAAGGUUAUGAGGGGUGUAAGUUAAAUAUAUUUAAAAAAUAUUUGUUGCCUGAUAUCUGUAAACUUGUAAUGUUACCAAAAACCAUAAUACUUGAUAAUCAUAAGAAAUGUAUAAUAUUAAAGUUGAGAUUAUGGAGCAUAAAAAACUAAAUGUCAAUAAAUCAUUACACUCUCUAAAUCAUAAAAAGUAAUAUUAAUAAAUUAUUAUGCUCCA